CCCAAAAAAAAAAAAAAAAAAAACAAAAAACAUGCCAAGAAAAAUGUGUAACAAAGCUGGGAAUGGAGCAUCUUCUUCUUCUUCUUAGAUUCAGGCAGCACUGAAACAGAGUGCUGUCAUUGUGGAACUGAUCUGUAGCUUUCUACGUUUCUUUGUAUGCGAAGAAGAGGUGAAAGAAAAUGCUGCGUUUGAGGGCUUUUCGUCCGACGAACGACAAGAUCGUGAAGAUUCAGUUGCAUCCAACACAUCCAUGGAUCGUCACUGCCGAUGCGUCCGAUCGCGUCUCCGUUUGGAACUGGGAACACCGCCAAGUGAUUUAUGAGCUCAAAGCCGGUGGCGUUGACGAGAGGCGGCUGGUGGGUGCCAAGUUGGAGAAGCUCGCCGAGGGCGAAUCAGAGCCUAAAGGGAAACCUACGGAAGCCAUGCGGGGAGGGAGUGUUAAGCAGGUUAGCUUUUACGAUGAUGAUGUAAGCUUUUGGCAACUCUGGCGUAAUCGUUCUGCUGCUGCUGAGGCUCCACCAGCAGCUAGUCAUCUCAGUUCGACUUUCAGUUCUCCUGCUCCAUCAACAAAAGGAAGGCAUUUUCUUGUCAUCUGUUGUGAGAACAAAGCAAUUUUUUUAGACUUGGUGACGAUGCGUGGCCGUGAUGUAUCAAAGCAGGACCUUGACAAUAGAUCACUUCUCUGUAUGGAGUUCCUUUCAAGAUCGUCUUCUGGGGAUGGUCCUCUUGUGGCUUUUGGGGGAUCAGAUGGUGUAAUUAGAGUUCUUUCAAUGAUAACAUGGAAGCUUGUUCGAAGGUACACGGGAGGUCAUAAAGGAUCAAUUUAUUGCUUGAUGACCUUCAUUGCUUCUUCUGGCGAGGCUCUUUUGGUUUCGGGUGGCAGUGAUGGUCUACUUGUACUUUGGAGUGCGGACCAUGUUCAAGAUUCACGGGAACUUGUUCCCAAGCUGAGCUUGAAAGCACAUGAUGGAGGAGUCGUGGCUAUCGAGCUUUCCAGAGUGAGUGGAGGCGCACCGCAACUUAUUACAAUUGGUGCAGAUAAGACUUUAGCUAUCUGGGACACAAUCUCGUUUAAGGAGUUGCGUCGUAUUAAACCUGUUCCAAAACUUGCUUGCCACAGUGUGGCAUCAUGGUGCCAUCCUCGAGCUCCAAACCUUGAUAUAUUAACUUGUGUCAAGGAUUCCCAUAUAUGGGCUAUUGAGCACCCCACUUAUUCAGCUCUCACAAGGCCAUUAUGUGAACUUUCCUCACUAGUCCCUCCUCAAGUCCUUGCAUCUCAGAAGAAACUUAGGGUUUUUUGUAUGGUUGCACAUCCUUUACAGCCACACCUUGUUGCUACCGGAUCCAAUGUUGGCAUUAUUGUUAGUGAGUUUGAUCCCAAGUCUCUUCCAGCUUUGGCUCCCCUACCAACACCGCCAGGAAGCCGGGAGCAUUCUGCUGUGUAUGUGGUUGAAAGGGAACUAAAGUUGCUGCAGUUUCAGUUGUCUAACACAGCAAAUCCAUCCCUUGGAAGCAAUGGCUCCUUGGCGGAAACAGGAAGGUUCAAGGGAGACUCAUUCGAACAACUGCAUGUCAAGCAGAUCAAAAAGCACAUUAGUACACCUGUUCCGCAUGAUUCAUACUCAGUUCUUUCAGUGAGCAGCUCAGGAAAGUAUCUCGCAAUUGUUUGGCCUGAUAUUCCUUAUUUCGCAAUCUAUAAGGUCAGUGACUGGUCUGUUGUUGAUUCAGGCAGUGCAAGACAUUUGGCUUGGGAUACGUGUCGUGAUAGAUUUUCUUUACUGGAAUCUGCAUUACCUCCUAGAAUUCCCAUAAUACCCAAGAUGGGUUCAUCAAAAAAAGCAAGGGAAGCUGCUGCAGCAGCUGCAGCACAAGUUGCCGCAGCAGCUGCAACUGCUGCUGCUUCAGCCAGCGUUCAAGUUCGUAUCUUGCUGGAUGAUGGGACAUCAAAUAUAUUAAUGAGGUCUGUAGGUAGUCGCACUGACCCAGUUAUUGGUUUGCAUGGGGGGGCACUUCUUGGUGUUGUCUACCGAACAUCACGAAGGGUCAGCCCUGUUGCUGCAACAGCUAUUUCAACUAUUCAAUCGAUGCCAUUGUCAGGCUUUGGAACCAGUGGUCUUUCUUCUUUCGCCACUAUGGAUGAUGGACUUUCUUCUCAAGGGUCUCCUACUGAAGCAGCACCUCAGAACUUUCAGCUAUAUAGUUGGGAAACUUUUCAACCUGUGGGUGGUCUUCUCCCUCAACCUGAAUGGACUGCAUGGGACCAAACUGUUGAGUAUUGUGCUUUUGCGUAUCAGCAAUACAUUGUCAUAUCUUCCUUGCGCCCUCAGUAUAGGUACCUAGGAGAUGUGGCAAUUCCCCACGCAACUGGAGCUGUGUGGCAUCGAAGACAGCUUUUUGUUGCUACACCAACUACCAUUGAGUGUGUUUUUGUGGAUGCUGGAGUUGCACCUAUUGAUAUAGAAACAAAAAAGAGAAAAGAAGAGAUGAAACUGAGAGAGGCACAGGCAAGAGCUGUUUCAGAGCAUGGGGAGUUAGCACUAAUCGCAGUUGACGGUCUGCAAACAGCCACUCAAGAAAGGAUAGCAUUGAGACCCCCAAUGCUACAGGUGGUGCGAUUAGCUUCUUUUCAGUAUGCUCCUUCUGUGCCGCCUUUUUUAUCAUUGCCUAAACAAUCUAAAGUUGGUGGUGACGAGUCAGCGAUGCUAAAAGAGACGGAAGAAAGAAGAGUUAAUGAGGUAGCUGUUGGUGGUGGUGGGGUAUCAGUGGCAGUUACUCGUUUUCCAGCUGAGCAAAAAAGACCUGUUGGACCUCUCAUUGUAGUGGGUGUUAGAGAUGGUGUUCUGUGGCUAAUUGAUAGGUACAUGUGUGCUCAUGCAAUAUCCCUUAGCCAUCCUGGUAUUCGUUGUCGGUGUCUUGCUGCAUAUGGAGAUGCUGUUAGUGCAGUAAAAUGGGCAAGUAGGCUUGGUAGAGAACAUCACGAUGAUUUAGCACAGUUUAUGCUCGGGAUGGGUUAUGCGACUGAAGCACUUCAUUUGCCUGGAAUAUCAAAGAGGCUGGAGUUUGAUCUCGCCAUGCAGAGCAAUGAUUUGAAAAGAGCGCUUCAGUGUCUUCUAACAAUGAGCAACAGCAGGGAUAUAGGGCAAGAAACUGUGGGGCUAGACUUAAAUGACAUUCUCAGUUUGACAGAUAAGAAGGAAAAUAUUGUGGAUGCUGUCCAAGGAGUAGUGAAAUUUGCGAAUGAGUUUUUGGAACUUAUUGAUGCUGCAGAUGCUACUGCACAAGGUGAAAUUGCUCGUGAAGCUAUUAAGAGGUUAGCUGCUGCAGGUUCUGUGAAGGGAGCGUUAAGGGGUCAAGAGUUAAGAGGACUAGCUUUACGCCUUGCAAAUCAUGGAGAGUUGACGCGGCUUAGUAAUUUGGUAAAUAACAUGAUCUCAGUUGGCUCGGGUCGAGAAGCGGCAUUUGCAGCUGCAGUUUUGGGGGACAAUACUCUCAUGGAGAAAGCAUGGCAGGAGACUGGGAUGCUUGCAGAGGCUGUCCUUCAUGCCCAUGCGCAUGGACGACCAACAUUGAGGAACUUGGUUCAAGCUUGGAACAAAAUGUUACAAAAGGAGAUGGAGCACACUCCAUCAACGAAAACAGAUGCUGCAGCUGCAUUUCUGGCUUCCCUCGAGGGACCCAAGCUCACAAGUUUGGCAGAUGCGGCGAAGAAACUACCCAUUGAAAUCCUUCCUCCAGGAAUGGCAUCUCUAUAUGCUCCCAAUCCUGGUCCUAAAAAACCCGGUUCCGCCGCACAGGGCCAGCAACCAGGCAAGCCAAUGCUAUUAGAAGCACCUCCCUCAGACGCAGCCGCAGCCGCAGCCGCAGCCGCAGCCGCAGACGCAGACGCAGACACAGCUGCAGCCUCAGACACAGCCACCAGUGCUCCACCACCAUCAGAACCAAGUGGGCCACCUCCAUCGGAAUCAAGUGCUCCACCUUCCUCAGAUUCGAGUGCUUCAGUUCCCUCAGAAUCCGGUGCUCCACCUCCCUCAGAAUCGAGUGCUCCUGCUGCUUCAGAGUUGAGUGCACCAACUACGGACGAUCAAACUCCUUCCUCCUCAGUGGGUGUUAUGGAUCUAAUUGUACCAGCAGCAACUACCAGUAGUCAAGCCAUGCCAGAGGCUCCCAACCCCGCUCCAGAUAUUCAAGGAACGAAUGGUCCUGCUACAGCACCAAUGAUCGACUUUUCUUGAUAAGCAAGACCUUAAUAAUCCAUUGCCUGUGUCACAAGGUGGCCUCAUUGCAGUGUCUUGAUUCUUAGGAAGGUGAGGCAAGAAUUUGCUUGUGCUUGAGGUAACUUACAGUCAUGUCCACAUUGCAGAGCAUCUUUACCAUUGAUGUUACUAUGCUACUUUUCUCCAAUACAGCUUGUUCAAUAGUAUUAAUUUUUAUUUUUUAUUUUUUGCUGUGAAAAUGAAUAUUUCUUUUCUUUUGUUCCCUUCCCCUUUUUUUCUUUUUUCUUUUCAGAUUCCCUACUGAGUGCUGAACAAUCGCAGUCUGUAACAUGUCUAGUUAUGGAAUCUGUUGUCCUUUUUUUAAUCAUUGUAUUUCUAUGUUGACAGCAGUUUUGCUUGUGUAAAUCAGUUGAGGUUUUGGUUGUCCUCUUGGUCUCAAUGUUAAACAUCGUAUUCUGCAAAAGAAAUUCAUACUCAAAACAGAGCUUUUGUGUUUCAACUA